UCCAACUUGCAGAAUCCACCCACCGUCGCGCUUCUCAUCGUCGUCUCUGGCGCGCGGCGUCGCCGGCCGUAAGAUGAACUUCCUCGGUCGUGGCAGCAGGAACCAGAGGACAUUCAGGCCCAAGAAGAGCGCUCCAGCGGGGGACAAGGCCAUGAAGCUGAAGAGGCACAUCGACGCCACGCUUGGCAGUGGUAACCUGCGAGAAGUGGUCCGCCUGCCAGUUGGAGAGGAUCUCAACGAGUGGCUUGCUGUCAACACUGUUGACUUCUUCAAUCAAGUGAACCUGCUGUAUGGCACCCUCAUGGAGUUUUGCACGCCAGCUACCUGCCCGAAAAUGGCAGCCGGACCAAAGUACGAGUAUAGGUGGGCGGAUGGUGUCAAGAUUAAAAAGCCUAUUGAAGUGUCUGCGCCCAAGUAUGUCGAGUACCUGAUGGAAUGGAUCGAAAACCAGCUCGACGAAGAAUCCAUCUUCCCUCAAAAGCUAGGGGCUCCCUUCCCUCCAAACUUCUGCGACGUCAUCAAGACGAUCUUCAAGCGCCUGUUCAGGGUGUAUGCGCACAUAUACCACUCGCAUUUUCAGAUGAUUAUCAAACUCGAGGAAGAAGCACAUCUCAACACUUGCUUCAAGCACUUCAUGCUUUUCACAUCGGAAUUCCAGUUAAUCGAUAGGUCAGAGUUGGCACCUCUCAGCGAGCUAAUCGAUCCCAUAAUACUUGGAAGCUAGCAGAGAAGCAGUGGGUGCGAUGUUUCAAGAAAUGAUAAUGCAAAAGUGCAGACAUCGUUUUUGUUGCUUUUUAGUUAGUUUUCUCAUCUGGUGCAUGCACAGAAUUUGCGUUUCUGUUUCCUAGAUGAUGUUAGACUUGCAUGGACUACCUACAUCUAAAUUUUGGAAGUAGAUUAAGGUUAGCUGCUGUUUGUGUAUG